UCCGCUGCAACAUCGGCCAUUUCAUCGACGCCGGCACCGGGCUCAAGUGGCGUUCAGUCGGUCAAACUCCCCCCUCCAUCUCCUCACUGAAAUAUUAUUAUUAUUAUUAUUAUAACCCCGCGUUUCAAACAAGCAAACAGACACGAACAUGGCGUCCGACAGGCUUGUGAGCUUCGGCAAGGAUUUCCUAGCCGGCGGCGUGGCCGCUGCAAUCUCCAAGACAGCAGUGGCUCCCAUCGAGAGAGUGAAGCUGUUGCUGCAGGUGCAACAUGCAAGCAGACAGAUCGCAGUAGAACAGCAAUACAAAGGCAUAAUUGACUGUGUUGUACGCAUCCCCAAAGAGCAAGGUUUCCUCUCCUUCUGGCGUGGGAAUUUGGCCAAUGUGAUAAGAUACUUUCCCACCCAGGCCCUCAACUUUGCUUUCAAAGAUGUGUACAAACAGUUCUUCCUUGGCGGCAUUGACAAGACACAAUUCUGGCGUUACUUUGCGGGUAACCUGGCUUCCGGUGGUGCUGCUGGUGCCACGUCCCUCUGCUUCGUCUACCCGCUCGACUUUGCCCGAACGCGUCUGGCAGCUGACGUCGGCAAAACCGGGGCAGAGCGAGAGUUCUCUGGUUUAGCUAAUUGCCUUACCAAGAUCUUCAGGUCGGAUGGUUUGAAGGGCCUGUACCAGGGCUUCAACGUGUCCGUACAAGGCAUCAUCAUUUACCGGGCUGCUUACUUUGGAAUCUACGACACUGCCAAAGGAAUGCUCCCAGAUCCCCACAACACCCAUAUUAUGAUCAGUUGGAUGAUAGCUCAGACUGUCACAGCUGUGGCUGGUGUGACUUCCUACCCAUUCGACACAGUGAGACGUCGUAUGAUGAUGCAGUCUGGGCGGAAAGGAGCUGACAUCAUGUACACAGGAACAAUCAACUGCUGGAAGAAGAUCCUUAAAGAUGAGGGUGGUAAAGCUUUCUUCAAAGGUGCCUGGUCCAAUGUGCUGAGAGGCAUGGGUGGUGCUUUUGUGUUGGUCUUGUAUGAUGAAUUCAAGAAAUUUGUUUAAAUGGUCACAGACGUCAAUGUUGCGUGAACCAGUGUUGUACUUGUAACAUAUCUUGUACAUUCAUGGACUUUAUCAAAUUACACCUAUUUAUAGGGACCCAUCUGGUAAAUAUCUGCUGGUUUGGGUUAUGAAGCGACCUUGUUAAGUGACCGCAAUCAUUCUCUGUACACUUAGUAUCAUUCCAUAUGAUGGGACUAAAUCACUUCAUCCAGCCGGUCUGCUCUUUUUAAAUUACUGUAACUAAAAAUAAAAUUGACCGUGUAAA